AUGACAAUGAAAACAAGAUCAAAAUCUAAAAAAGAACAACAACUACAACUACAACAAGAACAAGAACAACAAGAUGAUACAAUGAAUGAAGAUAAUCAGCUGACAACUACGGUAGUUGAAGAAGAUAAAGAAGAUGAAAAGUUAAAGAAAAAAAGAAAAGUUAAUACUACAACUACAACUACAACAACAUCUACGUCAACAAAAAUAACAAAAUAUGAUCAACUAAGUAUAGGUUUACAAUCAGAGAUUAAAGAAGCAUUUGAUUUAUUUAAAAGUGAUAAUGGGAAAAUUGAUACAAAUCAAAUAAAGUAUGCAUUUAGAGCAUUAGGAGUUGAACCAGAUUCAUCUAUCAAUUCAAUGACAAAAGAUACAACAUCAAUGACAUUUGGAACAUUUAAAGAAAUGACAACCAAACUAUUACCAAAACGAGAAUCACAGUCUACGCUGGAACAAGCAUUUAAACUAUUUGAUAAAGACGACAAUGGAAAGAUUAGUUUUGAAGAUUUAAAAUUGGUUGCUGUCAAUCUUGGUGAGGAAUGUUCAGAUGACGAUCUACGUGAAAUGAUUGAAUUUGCAGAUUUGGAUGGUGAUGGUGAAAUUAAUAAAUCUGAAUUUAUUACUGUAUUGACAAGUAAGAAAAUUAUUUAA